GCCAGCUAUCACCAGUCUCCCCCGAAUAUCCGCUUCAGUUGGGCUCGGUGUUGUUAUAGGUGGCGUGGAAAUUAUCGUCCCCUUUGUGACACCUUUUUCAAAUUGCCAUUGAGGUGUUCUCCCCGGAUUAGCCGAUUGGGAAAAGUGACCCAACUCGCACGAUUAUGUUACAACCUCGGUUGGCUCUGACGGGCCUCCGCCUGCCCUUCAGAUGUCUCUCCACGCGUUCGCUUCGUCCGUACUCGACCGUCCGUGAACAAGGAGAUCCUUCUCCCGCGGAACCGGCCACCGCGACCUUCGACCCGACCAUUACUUUCGCCCCCCCGCCCACUCGUGAUGACGCCGGCGUUAACAUUCGAUCAUAUAAGCCCCGAACGCCUGGUAUCCGACAUUUGCGCCGGCCGGUCAAUGACCACCUCUGGAAAGGACGUCCGGUACAGAAGUUGACGUUUCCCAAACGGGGUCACGGGAAGGGUGGUCGUAACAACACGGGCCGAGUGACCGUCCGGCAUCAAGGUGGUGGUCACAAGCGCCGUAUUCGAACGGUCGAUUUCUUGCGAGAUGCACCGGGGCCCCAGCUGGUGGAGCGCAUCGAACACGAUCCGGGCCGGAGCGCGCACAUUGCUCUGCUUCGCAACAAAGAGACGAAGCGGCUCACUUAUAUUGUGGCGGCUGAGGGUAUGCGAGAGGGGGAUGUGGUGGAGAGUUACAUGCCCGGCAUCCCCGAGCAUCUGUGGAAGAGCAUGGGCAGUACCGUUGAUCCCGGUGUCCUCGCGGCCCGAACGGCAUGGAGAGGAAACUGCUUGCCGUUGCACAUGAUGCCCGUUGGUACGCUGAUCUUCAACAUUGGCUUGCGUCCGGGCAAGGGAGGGCAACUGUGCCGUAGCGCGGGUACCUUUGGCACCGUCAUCGCCAAGGGGACCAACCAGCUGGCGGCCGCCCAGCAAGCCGAGGCGGAAGCGGAAGAGGAAACUGGAGAGAAGAAGCGCGUUUCGCAGCGCGAGCAGCAAAAGAUGGACCGCAUCGCCCAGCACGUUACCAUUCGCCUCCAGAGUGGUGAAGUCCGUCUGAUCCAUAAGGACUGCUGUGCCACCGUUGGAGUCGCCAGUAACCCCAACCACCAAUACCGACAACUGGGUAAGGCCGGACGGUCUCGCUGGCUGAACAUCCGACCCACCGUUCGUGGUCUUGCCAUGAACGCCAUGGACCAUCCCCACGGUGGUGGUCGUGGUAAGUCGAAGGGUAACGUCAACCCCAAGAGUCCUUGGGGCAUGCCGGCCAAAUCGGGCUACAAGACUCGUCCCAAGUGGAAGAUCAACAAGGCCGUGGUCACCCCGAGAGUCCGCAACCAAGGCAAGCGUCGCAGAGGAAACUAAUAGAGCGACGGUAUUUGCACACUCCUGUCGUUGGCCCUUCUUCUCAUUUUCAUCUCAUGUUCCUCUUCCCCCUUACGCCAAGAUCACGCCUCCCACCAUUCGUCUUGUACUAUACUUGGCCCGUUGUAGGGCACCAGGGCCGUUGUAUUCGGGGUGCUUCAGACUUUGCUCCAGUUACUCGAUCGUGGGAUCUUCCACGCAUUUGCCUUGUUACAUCGUGGCGUUGUUCUUGUAUAUUAAACCGGGUCAAUUCUCAAGAUCUUUCUUUCGUAUUUUCUGGGGACAUCUGACCGGUGUUUCGUCCUGUACCAUACUAUCUCGUAGCCCCGCGCUUUGCUGGCGCGCGGUUAUACGAACGAGCCGACCAAUCAACACAGGCGAAGGAUCAGUAUCCUGAUCAGGUCAAAGCUAUCCUACGGGUUUCUUUGAUCAUUUUGUAUAUGGUAGCAACUUUAUGGGCCGCAAGAGCCCUGCCAUUCCGACUUUCAU